ACUGCCGUAGACCGUAGUGUUCAGGUGUUCAAAUCCAUGAGUCAAUCAACUAGCUAAACACGAGUUCAGAUUUUCUGAAACCUCUAUCAAAAAUAAAUUAUUGAAGUUUUUAAAUUAUUUACGAAUAUUUUUGAAAAUUUAUCAUGUCCGCUAUAAGCCUGUUAAAUCCUAAAGCGGAAUUCGCUCGUGCCGCCCAAGCGUUGGCGGUGAACAUUUCGGCUGCUAAAGGCAUACAGGAUGUGAUGAAGACCAACUUGGGACCAAAAGGAACAAUGAAAAUGUUAGUUUCUGGAGCUGGUGAUAUUAAAAUUACUAAAGAUGGAAAUGUUCUCUUACAUGAGAUGCAAAUUCAACACCCAACUGCUAGUCUCAUUGCCAGAGCUUCUACUGCCAUGGAUGACGCUACUGGUGAUGGUACAACUUCAACUGUUCUCAUUAUUGGUGAACUUCUGAAACAAGCUGAAAACUUAAUCUCUGAGGGUGUACAUCCUAGAGUGUUGACGGAAGGUAUGAUUAAAGCCAGAGAUAAGGCAUUAGAACUUUUGGAGAAAAUUAAAAUUGAUGGAAAACCAGAUCGCCAAAGACUAUAUGAUGUAGCUACUACAUCUCUUCGUACUAAAGUUGAUAGAAAAUUAGCUGAUCAAAUGGCAGAUAUAUGUGUUGAUGCUGUUUUAAAUGUGCAGCGUGAAGAUGGAAUAGAUUUACACAUGGUUGAAUUAAUGGAAAUGCAACAUAAGACAUCUACUGCAACAACUCUUGUUAGAGGUCUUGUUCUUGAUCAUGGUUCUAGACAUCCAGAUAUGCCUAGAAAAGUUGAGAACGCUUACAUAUUGACUUGUAAUGUUAGUAUGGAAUAUGAAAAAAGUGAAGUGAAUUCUGGAUUCUUUUACAAAACUGCUGAAGAAAGAGAAAAAUUGGCAUUAGCUGAACGUGAUUUCAUUGAACAAAGAGUGAAAAAGGUUAUUGAAUUAAAACGUAAAGUCUGUCCUCCUGGAUCUGGUAAAUCAUUUGUUGUCAUAAAUCAAAAGGGUAUUGAUCCAUAUUCUCUAGACAUGUUGGCAAAGGAAGGUAUAAUUGGCUUAAGACGUGCUAAGAGACGUAAUAUGGAACGUCUUUCAUUAGCAUGUGGUGGAUCAGCCGUUAAUAGUGUUGAUGAUUUAACCGAAGAAGUGCUUGGUUAUGCAGGAUCUGUUUAUGAAUAUGUUUUGGGUGAAAAUAAAUACACAUUUGUUGAAGAUUGUAAAAAUCCACUUAGUGUUACUAUAUUAAUAAAAGCUCCCAAUAAAUACACACUAACUCAGAUCAAAGAUGCUAUUCAUGACGGUUUAAGAGCAAUUAAGAAUUCGAUUGAUGAUGGUGCUGUAGUACCAGGUGCUGGUGCUUUUGAAAUAUUCGCUUGGCAAGAACUUCAAAAGUAUAAAGAUGAAAUUAAAGGCAAAAGUCGUUUGGGGAUUCAAGCAUAUGCCGAAGCUUUAUUAAUCAUACCUAAGACUAUUUCAAUCAACAGUGGUUUUGAUGCUCAAGAUAUGAUUGUUAAAUUACAAGAAGAGUGUAGAGAAAGUGCUGGUCCAGUAGGUGUAAAUGUUGAUAGUGGUGAAGUUCUUCAACCAGUUGAUGCUGGAAUAUUUGAUAAUUAUUGUGUUAAAAAACAAAUCCUGAACUCUUGUACUAUUAUCGCUAGCAAUUUGUUGCUUGUUGAUGAAAUAAUGAGAGCUGGUAUGUCGUCACUCAAAGGAUAAUAAUACUUGUUUAUUUUUUUUAUUCAUUAUGCUUAAACACACCUAAUUUUUAUAUUACUAAAAAGUUUCUAACAAAGU